CGAGAAGACACCGCAAUCGAUAUCGUUGUCGCGCUAAAAGUGUCGUAUUUUUAAUUUUAAGCAUCAUUAUCGUUCCCCCAAGUCCCACAUCAAACAGCUCUUCAACAUGCUGAUCAAAGUCAAGACCCUGACCGGUAAGGAGAUUGAAAUUGAUAUCGAGCCUACGGAUAAAGUGGAAAGAAUCAAAGAAAGAGUGGAAGAAAAGGAAGGCAUUCCCCCACAACAACAAAGACUGAUUUUCUCAGGAAAACAAAUUAAUAUUUUAGGAAUGACGAGAAAACUGCACAAGACUAUAAAGUACAGGGAGGUUCUGUUUUGCAUUUAGUGCUUGCGCUGCGUGGAGGUCUGUGAAGUAUUCCUAAUCAACAUGAUGAAGCCUGUUCUUACAAAGAUGACAUUGCUACGAUAAAUUAAUUUGUUUUAUAAAAUUUAGGCUUUGUAAAUAUAAGAUGUUACUGAUUAAGGAUUAAAAAGUAAUUUAAAACACAACAAUCGAUAAAUACAGUCUUUUUAACUCUAAGCAAAUAAAGAUGAA